AUGGAUCCUACCUUAAGAAAUGGGAUUUUCUCCACCAUCUUGACUCUAUUCCUUUUACUUGGCGUUGCUCUCUUUAUUCUAAAGUUCUAUCCUCCCGAGGAGAGUUCUUUUGAUCCGUUUAAGAUUUACAACAAAACCAUCGCUUCCAAUUUACAUGGCGAUAUAGCGCCAAAUCAGGCGGUCUGGAAAAAUGAUUCCAAUAUCAAAUUGAACAUUAUUACCAACGAAACGGACAUAAUUACAAUCAAGGAUCCUAUUCCGCAUUUUAUAGAGCCAUCGAGCUUUCUGUACAUACUUUUUUCUAGUUAUGAAAGUCCCAUAAGGCUGAUAUUGAGCUUAUCCAUCGGUGGAGCAAUUGGAUUCAUCAUUUCGCAACUUUUGCAAUCAAAAUCAAAAAUGUUUGUGAGCGUCUCCAACCAGAACCAUGAGCCAAAAUUAAACUUCAAACAAAUAGCCAUUCGAAUAGCCCUGCCAAUGCUAUUACAUAUGUAUUUGCUUCACACAACCCUCGCCGCAGUAUAUGGCUUCAUAUGGAAGCAGGAGCCGGGGGACACUUGGGACAAACUCUUGAAGGCUGUUGGCGCUACAGGUAACCCUAAUUAUUGUUGA